AUGGCUUCCAGCAGUCUCUCGGCCUUGAUGAGGUCAUGCAAAAGUGCGCGACCAUGCCUGUCUCAGCUUUCGAGUGCCAGCAGGAAUCAAGCCCGUCUCUGUCGCCGCUCCUCGACCGCGGCCGGCUCGCUGCCCCUUCAAGGCUACCGGGUGCUAGACAUGACACGUGUAUUGGCCGGUCCUUACUGCACUCAAAUUCUUGGUGAUCUUGGUGCUGAGGUCAUCAAGAUCGAGCAUCCAGUUCGCGGUGAUGACACAAGGGCGUGGGGUCCUCCAUAUGCAAAAUACAGAGACGGCUCGGAGCAUAAAGGGCCUGGAGAGUCGGCUUACUUCUUAGGUGUCAACCGGAACAAGAAGUCCUUGGGUCUGUCCUUCCAGGAUCCCGCUGGCGUCGACAUCCUCCACAAGCUGGCGGCUAAAUGCGACAUUCUCGUGGAGAAUUACAUCCCCGGAGCGCUGAAGAAAUACGGGCUCGACUUCGAUACCAUCCAUAAGAUCAACCCGGCCCUGAUCUAUGCCUCGAUUACUGGCUACGGCCAGAGCGGCCCGUACUCGCAAAGAGCAGGCUAUGAUGUGAUGGUUGAGGCAGAAUUCGGCUUGAUGCACAUCACCGGCGCCCGUGAUGGCCCCCCCGUCAAGGUUGGUGUUGCUGUCACUGAUCUGACCACGGGCCUAUACACGAGCAAUUCCAUCAUGGCUGCCCUUCUUGGCCGUCAGAAGUCCGGGAAAGGGCAGCAUCUCGAUAUCGCCUUGAGCGACUGUCAAACGGCCACCCUGGCCAAUAUUGCCAGUAGCUGCCUCAUCAGUGGCGACAAGGACACCGGGAGAUGGGGCACGGCACAUCCAUCGAUUGUCCCAUACAAGGCCUUCAAAACUAAAGACGGCGAUGUCCUGUUUGGUGGCGGGAAUGACCGCUUGUUCGGCAUCCUUUGCGACGGAUUGGGCAAGCCUGAGUGGAAAGACGACCCUAAAUUCAAGAUCAACUCGCAACGAGUUGCGAACAGGGACGAGCUUGAGGCAGAGAUCGAGAAUAUAUCGACCCAGAAGACCACAAAAGAGUGGCUGGACGUCUUUGAGGGGAAAGGAAUGCCGUAUGCCGCGGUAAACGACGUCCAGGGGACAUUGAACCACGAGCACACGCUGGCGCGCAACAUGGUCAUAGAAGUCGAUCACGGGGACUGCGGUCCUAUCAAGUUGGUCAACACCCCGAUGAAAUUUUCCGAAAGCAAGCCUGGGCUCAGGAGCCCACCACCGACGCUGGGACAGCACACCGACGAGGGCAAUAUUCCCCGAACAAAAACCAUGGCUGAUCCCAAUUUGACAACAGGCACGUCAGUGCCAGCGGACGACGCCGGUGAUGGUAAAGGCACAACACCAGCAGCACCCCCAUCCGCAGCAGCAAACGCAUCGCCUGCCCUUGCCUCACGCUCAGCCUCCCCGUAUGUCAGCGAUGGCUCCAGGAGGUUCUCGUCCCCGUAUACCCCCCAGUUCUCGCCUGCGACACAGAUGAUAUUGAAGCGAAUGCGCGGCGAAGCUGGCGGGCUGAGUUCCGCCCUCGCAUCAGCCACAGCCCCCGGCGCGCCGAGACCGAGCUUCCCGAGGCCCGUCUAUGAGAGUGUCAGGGAGCGCAUAGUUGCAAUGAAGUCAGCUCUGACAAGCGGCUCCAACGCAAGACAAACAGGGGCAGUCGGUCAGAAGCGAAAACGAGCCCGUGGCGAUGGGGAUAUUAGUGACGUCUCCUCGCUAGCUGAGGGUUCGGAUUACGGUGAGGGCAUCAAGAAAGCAAAGCCCAAGCAGGCGACAACCCCUCAGAUCACACAAUCAGGAAGGCGGAUUCUAAAACCGGACACGUACGAUCCUGCAGCCGAGGACAAUGCAAAGAAGAAUGCGCGUCUGGGCAAGCGAACGACGGAGCAGGCUCUCUGCAAGAAAUGUACCCGAAUGCACAGCCCGGCCACCAACCAGAUGGUGUUUUGUGAUGGCUGCAACGAUCCCUGGCACCAGCGGUGUCAUGAUCCAUGGAUAGAAGACGAGAUCACCAAGGACCAGAACCUGAAAUGGUACUGUGUGAUCUGUCAGGCCAAGAGGGAGCGGCUACAACCCAAGAAGAAGGUCGAGCAGCCUAGGUUUGGCAGUUGGGCUGAUAGACCAGCAUCGCAGAAACGAGCCUAUCUUUCUGCCCUCUCCCCCGAAGACUUGGUCAACAUAAUACUCCAUGCCACGGAGUUGCACCCCGACCUCCCUAUCUUCCCAAUCGAGUCCACUUCUACCCCAAAGAAAUUGCCAGCGGGCAGCUCGCCACGGUCUCUCUUCGCAGGUGCCUCGGCAGGUGGUCUCUUCCACCGCGCCGAGACAAACCCCACAGCCCCCCUGAACUUCAUCCGCAAGAUCCCGGCCAAUGCGAAGAAGUCAACCCUGGCCAAAGCCCGUUCGGGGACUGGCUCACUGCAGAGCAAGACAGCCGCGCAGGCAAGCGCCCUCGCGGCUGGGAAUCAUGUCUAUGAUGAAGAGGAGUCCUCGUUCACCAAGCUGUGGCCUCGGCCGGGGAAGGGGAUGUAUAGCCGGCUACCGCCUGAGGCCGACGACGACCGUGGGUUAACGGACGACAACGACCAUGCUGCAUUCAGUGUGAUUGUUUUCAAUGAGAAAGGCAAGAAAAUCGAAGAGAAUGGUGUCAAAGUUUAG